CGAGGCUCGGCUUAUACACAGCAGGACAGAGGCCAUGCUUUAACACUUUGUGUCUCGCUCGCCUCGCGCGCGCUCCGCUGCUGCUGAAGCCAGAGAGAGAUUCCAGCGCGCCCGUCAAGCCCGUUUUCUUCCGCUCUGCCGGUGACGCAACUUGGCAACAACUUGGCAGGCAAAGCAGAAGGAGGGGAACAUGAAUUCCGAUCUGGAGGCGUCUCUGCCCGCUGGACAGGAGGCUUCCGCAAUCCAGUGCCGAGACGUGUGCCGGUCGUACGGCAAACUGAAGGUCCUCAGCAACCUCAACCUGACUGUGCCACAGGGACACAUCUACGGCCUGUUGGGGCCGAGUGGUUGUGGGAAGACCACGCUGCUGAAAUGCAUCGUGGGAACUCUGAAAAUCUCGCGGGGUCACAUCUCCGUGUUGGGGAAGCCACCUGCGUACCCAGGUCACGACGUGCCGGGGAGGAUGGUCGGGUACAUGCCGCAGGAGCUGGCUCUGUACAACGAGUUCACCAUCAGCGACACGCUGACCUUCUUCGGCCGGAUCCACGGCCUGACGGCGAAGGAAACCCGGGCGCGCAUGGAUUUCCUCGUAGACUUCCUGGAUCUACCUCAGAAGCACAGCCUGGUCCGGAAUCUCAGCGGAGGUCAGAAGCGGAGGGUGUCUCUCGGAGCGGCUCUGCUUCAGAAUCCAGAGCUGCUCAUCCUGGACGAACCCACGGUGGGAGUGGACCCCGUUCUCAGGGUGAAGAUCUGGCAGCAUCUGGUGGAGAUUGUGAAGACGGAGAGAGUGUCCGUCAUCAUCACCACGCACUACAUCGAGGAGGCCCGGCAAGCCAACGUGGUGGGUCUCAUGAGGAACGGCUGUUUGCUGGCUGAAGGACCUCCAGACGCAGUCAUGAAGCAGCACAGUGCAGCAACCCUGGAGCACGCCUUCCUGCGGCUGUGUGAGACGUCGGACCAGGUCGGCUCCAAGCGGGGGUCCAGUCCGCGGGGGGGGCCGCUGGAGAACAGCCAGUCCUUCGAGAGCGGCCGCGACGAGAGUCGGCCAAUUCUGGCGGUCGGACCGGGAGCCGCACAGGAAGUCCCCACGUAUUCAGCGGACUGGAAGGUGCGAGCCCGACACGUUCUUCCCAAGUGGCGGAACAUCGCCGCCCUGAUGAUCAAAACAUUGGUGCGGAUGAAGAGAAUGCCGGGCUCGUUGUGUUUCCAGUUCCUGCUGCCCGUCAUCCAGGUCUCUCUGAUCUGUUUGUGUAUCGGAGGAGACCCGAACGGGAUCCAGGUCGCAGUGGUGAACAACGAGACCUCCCCCUCGGCUUACAGCCAUUCACUGCUCUCCUUCCUGGACAACUCCAGCGUGCACCAGGUGCCCUUGUCCCAUGCGGAGGCCUUCGAUGGGAUCUAUAACGGGGAGUACUGGGGCGUCAUCGGCUUCGGCGAGAACUUCACCAGCUACCUGACGAAAAGGAUGAUGCAGCGGCAGGUUUCCAGAGAGGUGGUUGACGGAGGAUCGGUGCACGUCUGGCUGGACCUCACAAAUCGACAAAUUGCCUUCAUGCUGCAGAAGAACCUACACGAGGCCUUUCAGACUUUUGUGGACAAUAAAUUGGGAAGUUUGUCGUACCUGGUCGCUCUGCCAAUAAAGUUUGAGGAGCCGAUCUACGGCAGCCUAAACACAGACUUCACCACGUUUGUGACCCCCGGAGCUGUUCUCAGCAUCACCUUCUACCUGGCAGUGGGUCUGACAGCUCUCUCCUUCGUCCUGGAGAGGAAGGAGGGGCUUCUGGACAGGUGCUGGGUCGCAGGUGUGAGCUCUCUGGAGACGAUGCUGGCUCACCUCUUCUCUCAGCUGUUUGUCAUCAGCGUCCAGAUCGUCCUGCUGCUGCUCUUCAUCCUGCUCGUCUUCAAGCUGCCUAAUGAAGGCUCCUUGGUGCUGGUCGUCAUCCUCAUCGUGCUGCAGGGCAUCACCGGCAUCUCGUUCGGCCUCGUCAUCUCAGCCGCAAUCGACGACGAGCAGAACGCCAACCAGGCCGCCCUGGGAAUCUUCUACCCCAACCUCAUCCUCAGCGGUAUCAUCUGGCCGGUGGAGUGUAUCCCGUAUCCUCUCCGCUACAUCAGCAUGGCUCUUCCUCAGACCUACGCCUCCGAAGCCCUCCGCUGUAUCAUGUACAGAGGUUGGGGUCUGUCUCGGAUGAUGGUGUGGCGAGGCUUCGCCGUCACGCUGGGCUGGAACACGUUCUUCCUCGUCCUGGCCACGGUCAUCUUGAAGCUGAGGUCGUGACGGCCUCUCCGCCUUCUUCAGCCUUUGGAGACGGAGCCGCCGGGCGGAUCCCCCGGCGACACGCCUGGGCCUCCUGUCUGGGGAUGAGCAGCCAAGCAAACGGUUGCUUUGGCCCCACACGAGUGGAAUUUCAGUACAGAAGACAGGAUAUGUACAUGCACAACGUGAGAGGAUAUUCUAGAUGCUUCAUGUCAAAUGAGGUUUUUGUUUCACUUCUAUGUGCGGCUUGUUGGAACCUCUCACCCUCAGAAUUGCACUAACUCAGGGUCGCGUUUCUUCAUUUGUUGGCCCUCGCUCUCAAUGCAAGUAGAGAGAUUUGAUGGCGAAUAAACUGAGUACAACUGUAGGACGAAGGUUUUCUGUCCGCACAGUGUUUGUCUACUUUACAUUCGCAUUAUAGAGAAGUUGUAUGUAAAUGUGAAAAAAGAGUCUCAGCACAAAAACAUGUUUUUAUUGACAACAAAAUGUGAAAUUAUAUUUAAUUUUGUAUCCGUUUGCUUCACAAGCAGAAAGAGACAUUUAUUGUUGCUUUACGUCGUGGGAACCCGGAAUGGGGUUUAAAAGUGCUGAUCGUUUCAUAUUGUCAGAGAGCAUCUCACCCGUUCAGGCUUCCCACAGCGAUGGUGUCGUCUCUCUUAACGUGUGUCCUGUGUGGUGUGUGACAGGAAGUGGUAACUCAUGUUGGUGCGUUAUCGGGUGCUCGCUAGCAAAACCGUCGUUGUUUUCAGUUCAAGUUCAUGGGGUUCUCCAUAACCUGUGUUUUGUGCCUGCAGCUCCUGUGUGAGAACAGAAGUGGUUUGAAGUUGGUGAUUUGGAACGAAUUGGUACUGUGUUAUUUUCUUAGCUUUUAUUUUUUUAUUUUUCAUUGUUACCCUCCACUCUUUGCUGGACAGAGUGGAGGCUGCUCUUCUCGCAGAUGAUGCUCUUCAAACCCUUUGAUAAAUAUGUUCUGUUUUCUUUUUCUUACACAAACAUUUCAAACGGCUCGUACUUUUGUUCCUGACCGUUCCACCAACAGAACCAGAACAAAGCACACAGGAGAACGUCCGUUUUGGAUUCAACGCGUCAUGGAGACGCUGUGGUGUCGGCACUGUGGACGCAAAAUCCAUAAAUGAGGAAUAACGUACACUCCUGAAAAUAAAGGUGCUAACCAGAACUAUAUAGGGUUCUUUGGCUUGUUUUUAUUGGAGAACCCCUUGAAAGAGGUCCCUACCACGAACCCUUUCAGCUGGUUCUACCUAGAACCCAACAUAAAGGCUUAUACCUGGAGCCGUCUGUGAGAGGUUCCAACCAGAACCACGUUGAGAGGUUCUAUAGAGAAUCGUUCUAUGGUGUAAUGGUUCCACCCAGAACCCCCUAUAAGAUUAUACAAAGACAUCUUCUAUGGUGUAAUGGUUCCACCCAGAACCCCCUAUAAGAUUAUACAGGGACAUCUUCUAUGGUGUAAUGGUUCCACUUAGAACCUUAUAUGAGAGUUUCCACAGAGACACCUUCUAUGGUGUAAUGGUUUCACAGAACCCACUAUAAU